UGUUGUCUAAUUGUUUCAAGUGAAUCUUUUUUCCAACCCUUGUUUCGUUCAACAGUACUUGUAUCGAUAUUUUCAAAUUUGUGCUGUAUUGUAAUUCAUUUCUUGUUUCUUCUGAUUAAAGACGCUUUAAAGUUGAGAAAAGAUCACAGAAUUGUUGGUUAUCUCAUCGGACCAUUCCCAGAUAAACUAUACCAAGUAAAUGAAAGUGGAUUGCCUUUACAGUUGAUGAAAGAAGAAGUUCGUUUACUUUUAAACUUCCAGAUUAUUAAUUUGAUUAGACUUGAUGUUGAUAUAAACCAGAAUGUGGUUGAGGAUUACAAUCGACACUUGAACACGUCUCGUUCAGAUUAUACAAAGUUAGCAACAGAAAGAAGACUGGCGCAAAUUGCUAGUCAUGUUGAUUCAUCCAAAGGACUCAAAAGAAGGAGACAAGAUUCUUCAAAGUUGGAUAGUUUCGAAGGACUAGAAGGAGAAUUGAACCAAUUAGCGGAAAGCGAAAGAAUAAAAGAGCAAAAAGUUUCUAUUGAAACUAUGAAUAAUGAUUUAUUGCCUGUACAAUUAUUUACAGAAUGUCCAUGGCCCCGCAAGGAAGUAGUUAUUAAUGAUGAGUGGUCAUUUCCUGAAUCAGAACGAGACAUCUUGUUGUACAGUAUUUAUCAAGAUCUUUGGAAAAGAGGUCAUUACAUCACAUGUGGUUUAAAAUUUGGAUGUGAUUACACUGUUUAUGAGUUCGACCCUUUGGUCGCCCAUGCAAAAUACAUGGUAAAAUGUCAAUCACAAAUGAGUGAUUUAACAGGCUUACAAAUUUUGAUUCUCUCUCGAAUAAGUACACAAGUAAAAAAAGAGCUUCUUAUUGCAAGCUUGGAUAACAACCAAGAAGCCAUUGGCAGGGAAUCAAUGAGUAUCCGUGGAGAGAAAAAUGAGCAUAAUUACAAACCAAUUUACUUGUCGAUAAACUGGCGCAAAAAUUAAUCAGAGUCUUUUCAAGUGACGUUUGCUUGCUUUACUACCAGCAGUUGGUUCACACUUUCUGCUUUUUGUUUUGCCUUUACUAGUUGUCGCUUCAAAUAUACCAGAAUCCUGAUCAUCAUCUUUAUCAUCACAAGUGCGUUUACUUUUUGCAUUCUUUGGUAUUGAAGAUUGAGUACCAUUCUCAGGUGGUUCUAUCCGACGCCUUUUAGUUCUUUCUGGAGGAAUCGGUUCGAUAUUUGCACUUGUUUUUGGUAUAAGCUCACUUUCAACUGUGGAAGGUUCACAUCUAUUCGGCAUUCCUUGAGUAUUUUUGACUUCACUUAAAACUCCUCUUGACUCACUUUUAUCAUCAUGUGUAGUCUUUUUGAUUGGCCAAUUUUCCUAAGAUAAAAAUAAAAACAAAGAGGAUCAUCUAAAACAAUUUUUUUACAAGUUUGACUAACGCAACUUAGUACACAAAGAUCCUCUGGUUCAAGAAAGUCCAAAAUUUGUGCAAUAACAUGAGGAAAUGAUUGACUCAAUCCUGAGAGAAGAUCAAUCUGGUCAGGAACAGGAUGAUAUGGCGGACGAGGUGUAGA